GUGAACGGCGAGAGAUGGCAUUCCUCAGUCAAGAGCAGGCGGCGCCGGCAUGGUUCCUCUCGCUGGCCUUCCUCGGCACCCUUUACGCCGCUGCAUUCUCGUUCCGGUUCCUCGCCUACCUCGCGCUCUGCUUGCGCCGGCCGAAGGACCUCCGGCGCCGCUACGGCGCCUGGGCCGUCGUCACCGGCCCGACGUCCGGCAUCGGCCGGUCCGUCGCCCUGGAGCUCGCCAGCCGGGGGCUCAACCUCGUGCUCGUCGACCUCAACGCCGCCAACCUCAAGGAAAUCUCUCACACCGUCAGAUCUCGCCACGCCGUGCAGACCAAGACCGUGGUGUUCGACCUCUCGCUCGUUUCUACUGCCCAAGGUGACGAGGCGCUGCGGCGGCUCCGAGAGGCCGUGGCGGGGCUGGACGUGGGAGUGCUGGUGAACAACGCUGGGGUGGCGAAGCCGGGCGCCGUGUACCUGCACGAGGCCGACGUGGAGGCUUGUGUGAGGUUGAUGCGGGUGAACCUGUGGGCGUUGACGGAGGUGACCGCCGCGGUGCUGCCGGGGAUGGUGGAGCGGGGCAGGGGCGCCGUCGUCAACAUGGGCUCAGCCUCGUCGGAGGCCAUUCCCUCCUUCCCCCUCUACACCAUGUACGCCGCCACCAAACGGUAUGUCGCGCAGUUCUCCAGGAGCCUUUACGUUGAGUACAGAAGCAAAGGGAUCGAUGUGCAAUGCCAGGCUCCGUUCUACGUGGCGACCAGGAUGGUGUCGGUUCUGGCGGAGACCGGGCGGGCCGGGCGCCUCUCCAUGCUCCUCAUCGCCCCGACGCCCGACGCGUACGCGCGCGCGGCGGUGCGCUGGAUCGGCCACGGCCCGCCCGUCUGCGCCCCCAACCUCGGCCACGAGCUCCUGUGGUGCCUCGCCGCCGUCCUGCCGGACUUCGUCCACGACUGGCUCCGCAUGCGCGAGCACCUGCAGCACAGAGCGGUGGCUCAGAGAGCGCCGAGACGUCGCGCUGGCGUGCCAACAACUCUCAAGUGAAUUCCUGGUGUUCCACAAACCCACACGUUCUGGUGUUCGAUUAACUGAACUCCCAAUGAACUGAAUCAUGUAAGCGUAUUUUGCAGAGGACAUGCAAUUAUUUGUCCACGUACUGCACCUCCACCGUUCGUUAAUUAGUUGCAUUCAUCAUUUACUGUUUGACAAUGAGCGUGUACAAUGCAAAUGUUGCACAAGUGUUUAGGAAAA